GAACUAAUCUGGUCGGAGCUUGGUUAGACGAGCAAUCUCAACUUUGUCUGUUCAAUCUCAUGACAUCCUAAUUAUCACCAGUGCGAUUCAAGUCACCCUUGCCUUUGUAACAUUCAAUACACCACCGCGUACCUUUUACUCUACCAAUCAAUUUGAGGACUGGUUCCCAUAGGCUCUUUGACCACCAAAAACCUAAUACGAAAAGCAGAGAUGGCGUCGUCAGGAGCUGGAGGCUGGUCGACAUUGCGGAACCAGGCUCGGACCUUGGAAAAAGAUACGGAGGCUUUGUUCCAUACAUAUUCACAAAUCGCGACAUCCAGCAACAUACCGGCCAAGCCGACAGAGCAGGAGAGGGAAACUGAGGCUAGACUGCGGGAGAUAUUAGACAAGCGAGAAAACGUCAUAGCCCAGCUCACCCGGCUCCUCGACUCGGACUCGGAUCUCGCGUCAUCGAGCACGAAAGUGCGCAACCUCGCACUCUUCAGGGACAAGCUAGCUGAGCAGCGUCGCGAGCUACCACGGCUGCGGUCACGGAUCCAGGAAACCCGCAAUCGGGCAAACCUCCUGUCCAACGUCCGCAACGACAUCGACGCCUACCGCGCCAGCAAUCCCGAGCAGGCCGAGGCCGAGUACAUGCUGGACGAGAGGUCGCGCAUCGACAACAGCCACAGCAUGGCCGACGACGUCUUGUACCAAGCGUACGCCAUCAACGACAACUUCAACUCGCAGAGGGAGAUGCUGGCAAGCAUCAACCGGCGCAUCACCCUGGCGGCGAGCCAGGUGCCGGGCAUCAACACGUUGAUGACCAGGAUAUCGGCAAAGAAGAGGAGGGAUGGCAUCAUCAUGGGGAGCUUUAUUGCCAUUUGCUUUUUCGUCUUUUGGUUUUUCCUAUGAGCGCAACGGGCUGAAGAGACCAGGUUGACCGCGCAUUAGAGCCACUUUCUGAUAUGAUGGAGGAUGCAAAUGAGGGUGUGACAUUAUUUAUUUGCAAUUUUUAUUUUGCAAGCAUCGGCGUUAAUUUUUGGGAUGGAGUUACGGGCGGAUAUUAUCUGUGAUUUUCAAAGCCCCGUGUAUAAACAGACAGUACCCUUUUCCGGGCGGGUAUCUUCAAAUUGGAUAGGACUUCCCGUCAGAAGAGAAGGCGGCAUGCUUAUCGUACAG